UGUGAAAGGGGGAAAAGGUGAGGCAAAAACCCUCCUCCGCGGCUCUGCCACCGACCACUGCUCUCGCCGGCCACCGAUCUCGGGAGGAUAAUGGAGCAAAGCCAAAAACUCAUCAUGUCCAACAAGGAAGAAUGUGGCAAGAUGCACGAGCUUGCUCAUAGAUCUUCAGAACUGGAGCCCGAGAUGCAUGCUUUUGACUCAAUGUCCAAGCAUCUGGAUGAAGCAGAUUCAAAAAGUAGCCCUCACAGAAGGAACUAUGAGCAAGAAAAAGGACAGAAAGAGAAACAGCUCGAUCUAUUAUUUGACCUGGUAGAUCAGGCAAAUGCCAAGCAGAAGCUUGAGUUAGAAAUAAAACAGCUGCAUAGCAAACUGGAAGCAAUGAAACACAAAGGUAGUGAAGACUCUAAAUCAAAGAAGAAAGUUGUUGAACAAGAGAGGGAGGAUCAUCAAGACAUCAAACCAAUCUUUCAUACUCUGAUGAUCAAGGAACCGGAUGCCAAUGAUGAGUUGCAGCUUGCUCGGAAGGCACUGAUACAUGGCAUGCAGGAUCUUACAACUCCCCGAGCAAAUUUAGGCAUCAAAAGGAUGGGCGAGAUUGACCUGAAAUCUGUUGAAAAUGCUUGCAAAUAUCAAUUGUCAAAACAUGAUAACCUCAGGAAUCAUGCUGCUUUACUCUGUGCAAGAUUGCAGGAUGAUAUAAGCAAUCCAUUAUGGCACCCUUUUAAAGUUAUCCUUGUUGAUGGAAAUGAGAUGGAAAUUCUCAAUGAGGGUGAUGAGAAGCUUCGAGCUCUGAAACAAAAACACGGUGGGGAAGUCUAUGACCUGGUAACAAAAGCUCUGCGUGAACUUAAUGAGUAUAAUCCCAGUGGCCGUGUUCCUGUACUGGAACUGUGGAACCGUAAAGAGAACCGGAAAGCAUCUAUGAAGGAAGCCGUUGAAUACAUCAUGGAACAAUGGAGAAACAUCAAGCUCAAGAGGAAGCGUACGGAAGAUGCUGAAAGUAUUCGGGAUGACAUGACGCACUAAAGAUUCUGGAAGUACUUAAUUAGAUGUGGUGUUAUUUUGGCCCCAACGCAUUAGAGAUGUGUGACUCUUGAUGAUGAGACGGCAUCUGGUGAACUUAUAACUAUGUUUAGUUGCAGUGGUGUUGUAGAACUGGCAUGAAUGCUUCUUAGUUAUCGUUGGCAGCGGGUUUUUCCUGGUUGACUGUCAAUUAUCAAUCGAUGGCUUGGUUAAUGUGCAUUUGCAAUUGGCCCGCUAUUA